AUGGACAACGCAAUGGCUCUGCUUGCGCUGCAGCUUAGCCCCGGAGUAGCGGCGGGUGUUUACUUCCCAGCAAUGAGGCUUCUGCUUUUCUGCAUUUCUCUUGGGAUACUGGGUCUGUGUAUGGCUCCUCAGGUGGGGGCUGAGACCUACCAGCUGAGAUAUAAAUCGGACGCAUUUGAUGAUCAGUACAUCGGCUGCGCAGACAAGAUGGAGAAACACAUGUUUCUGGUGCUGAAGAAGGAGAAGUUGAACAGAGAAUUCGGCUCCGCUUGGGAUAAUGCGACGGAAAAGUGGGAGGAGAUAGAGCCCACGUUGGAGCUUCCGGACGAGUUCCGGGAUGAGUACGGAAUCGCCCUAUUGGUCUAUACAAACGAUUAUCCCGAGGGGAACCCCAUAUUCCGACAGCUGAACAACAACGUGAGCGCGGCCGGGGUCUCUAGGGAUCAUUACAUGAGGGAGUUUCACUUCAAGGCCCUUCACUUCUACCUGACGCGGGCGCUGCAGCUCCUCAAACCCGACUGUAACAGGACGCUCACGGCCUACCGGGGCAGCGACGCCACCUACAGCCUCUCGUCUCUUUUUCACUUUCGCCAAUUCACCUCCUCCUCUCUCGAUAAAAAGGUGGCACUGCGGUUUGGUAUGGGCUCCGUAUUCCGCAUAGAGACCUGCUUCGGGGCCUCCAUACGAGACUUCUCGUUCUUCCCGGCGGAGGCAGAAGUGUUAAUUCCUGUCACGGAGCAGUUCCGAUUCGUCAAACAGGUCAAAUCGCUGUACGUGGUGGAGAGCACCGGGGUGCAAUGCAGUUACUUCAACUGCGCCUACCUGGGAGGUGAGGGGAUCUCUGCUGAUUGGUGCUAA